ACGCGGAGUGUGUGCCUCGCCUCGCCUCGCCUCGCCUCGCCUCGUUCCGCCCCGUCCCGCCCGCUUCGACACCGGCAAAGGAUGAGUGGCAGCCAGUUCACCAAGGGCCCCAGCUACGGCUUGUCUGCGGAAGUCCGGAACAGACUGGCCCAAAAGUAUGAUCGUCAGAAGGAAGCCGAGCUCCAGGUGUGGAUCGAAAGCAUCACUGGAAAGGAGAUUGGCCCUGAUUUCCAGAAGGGGCUGAAAGAUGGGGUCAUACUUUGCGAGCUGAUAAACAAACUGCAGCCCGGGUCAGUCAAGAAGAUCCAUGUGUCUGCUCUCAACUGGCAUCAGCUGGAAAACCUCUCCAACUUCAUCAAGGCCACGCUUAACUACGGCCUGAAGCCCGUGGACCUGUUUGAAGCCAAUGAUCUGUAUGAGAACGGAAACAUGACUCAAGUCCAGGUGUGCCUCCUGGCUUUGGCAGGCAUGGCCAAGACAAAGGGAAUUGAUAGUGGGGUGGACAUCGGGGUGAAGUAUUCGGGGAAGCAGAAGAGGUCUUUCGAUGAUGCCACACUGAAGGCUGGGCAAUGUGUCAUCGGUCUACAGAUGGGUACUAAUAAGUGUGCUAGUCAGUCAGGAAUGACAGCCUAUGGCACCCGGAGACACCUCUAUGACCCCAAGAACCAGAUCCUUCCUCCGAUGGAUCACUCUACCAUCAGCCUGCAGAUGGGCACAAACAAGUGUGCCAGCCAGGUGGGCAUGACUGCUCCCGGCACCCGCCGGCACAUCUAUGACUCCAAGAUGGGCACUGAGAAAUGUGAUGAUAGCUCCUUGUCUCUCCAGAUGGGCUACACCCAGGGAGCCAACCAAAGCGGGCAGGUUUUUGGCCUGGGCCGCCAAAUCUAUGACCCCAAGUACUGCUCUCAGGGCAGUGCGGGUGAGGUCGCCAACGCAGUGCCAAGCGAAGAAAGGGAUUCGGCUGACGGUUGCUCCAACCAGGAAGACAGCCCAUGAGAAAGCUACUCUUUCCUAAUCUUCUUUCCUAACUGUUGCCCUACAUUUCCAUCUCUGCUGCUGGUGAUAGUUCAGGCCAUAUUCUUGCAACUUUUACAAAAGAAAUAUCCAUCUUCCACAUUCCUCCUCUCCCCGUUCAAUCAGAGAUAAAAUAAAAGGUUUUCAGAUUUGGGUUUUUGUUUUUAGCAAGCGAGUUGGGUUUGUUGUUAAGGUACUGUGAGUCAAAGCUGGGUCUGGCCUCUCCGCUUCCAAAAAGGAGAGACUCUUUAAUUUGCAAUUUGGAAUGCUGCUGGGUGCCGAAGCAGAUCAAGGAGGGCGUGGAAAUUCAAUGCAGGCUGUAUUAUCAAUGGCGGGAUUCUGCAGGAUUCUUCUUCGGCUUGGUCUUCCUGGUGGAGAUGAGCCACUGCUGGAACGCCACCUCCAGCACUCCGCAAGGAGAAAUGUCCCUCUUGCUAGCCCGUUCCAGGCAUAGAGCAAAGGUUUUGACUUCAAAAUCGCAGGCAUUUUUACCUGGCCGGUAAUCUUGGUGGUGAUGUUUGUCCUGCAGAAGAGCUGCAUCGUGUUGGCUAGAUGUACAAGAUGGUUAGACGGUUGAUCUAAUAACAUCCUUCCUUAAUUUGUGAGGACCCACCACGCACACAUAUAUAUCCCCACAGCCUAAUGCCAUGGAGGGAGAGGUGAGAAUUACAGCGGAGAUGCUAAACGUUGCGCUCGGAAGCAUGCCUGCUCCCUGUGUUAACACGAAAUUACGGAGAUUCACGCAUUCCCUAUGAAAUAAUCUGCUUUGAGACUUAGCUGAACGAUAACUCUGAUGCAUUUUUCAAGAACAUUCUUUGAUCCAGUAAGUUAGCCAGUAAUCACGUUUAGCAGAGUCUUUCUGAAGGUAGUUUUGGCAAGGAGCAUUGUAGUGGAACCAACAGGUAGAUAAGGUAGAGGUGAAUUUGUAAAGAAAUAUCAUUGUGGGUUUGAGUCAAAGAGUAGAAUUUGACAGCUUUGUCUUGAUUUAGAAAUUUCCACCCUUUGGCUGUCUCUUCAAAGACCAGCACCAUUUCCUUUUCCAGAGAUUGGGAAGUUGAGUAUUUCAGUAUUUAGGUAGCAAUAGUUUGUGGCUUUCUAUUACAGUGAAACUGAGACAGUAAGGUGGGUUUGUGCAGAAGACUAACCUGCAUUCCUUUAAUUAUUUGGUUUCUAUAUUUGAUGUUUUUAGUGUAUAGUCCAAAGUAGGGAAACAGCAGACCAAUUCCUAGUUGUAUUAGAAAUUGUAGGAUCUUUUGUUAUCUCAAUUUGGUAGAAAUUUGUUAGAAUUUGUUGGAAAAGCUGUACUUUUCUUUAAACCUUUAUCAGCUGUUGUGUUCUUAAUACUGUGUCUCCUUUUACUAAUAUGUUCCCCUUUAAAACUAAAACUGGACAGUCCCACACAUAAUUGGGACUAUAAAUGCAUUAGCUUUUGCAAUGGGUAGGUUGUGGGGCGCGAAUGUAUGGGGUGUUCUGAGAGGGCUCUCUGAGCCCAGUGGGGCGAACUGACACACUGUGAACUUGUAGUGUUUUAAUAUAAGCAAUAAAAAAGCUUUCAUAGCAAAA